AUGGGUCCUCGAGUUAAGGACUUAGUCACUUGGCACCUCAUCGGUGGGGACCUGGUCAGGGUCAGUGCAGCCCUGGCCAGUGGCUGCCUGAUCAUUGGACCUAAUCCCUCGGGGCCUGGCCGAGGUGGGGGAGGGGUGGGGGGGGUGGCUGUCAGUGGGGCCUGGGCAGUGACAUCCUCGUCAGCAGGCUUCCAGUCAGAGGGAGCCCAAUCAAUAAAGCCUGGUCAUCGGGGGCCUGAAAUUAUCCUUGAACCGGAAAAAAAAAAAAUCCCCAACUCAACACUCCAUCUUUGUGAAGGGCUGGUUCCAAAUUCUGGGUUGCUUUUUGGAAAAAAUAUCUGUUGCGAUAAACAGUGCUGCAUCUGUGAUCUCAAGUCUCUACUGGAAUUGGAUAGAGAUGGUGAAUUUCAGCCAGAGCGCCCAAAGAACUCGUGUCCCACGCUCCUGAAUGCCAUCAGCCCCCGCACCUCCAUCUUCCCUCCUCCCACGAGUCACCUGCUCCCCGUGACUCUGGCCUCCUGGCAGUGUUGCUGGGCCACGUCAGGAAGUGCUGGAGGACGUGGCAUUGCACCAACACCAGGCGGCCGGCCGUGUGGCUCAUCCCGCAGAUCAGGCUCUUCCUGUGUAUGGAGAUGGAGUCCCCCUGGAGGCAGCCCGUGGCCUGGUUCUCGGGCAGGUGGAGCAUGGAGACGACUGGGAACUUCACUAGACACGCAUCCAACCAGUCCAAGGGCUUGUCGCGCCACGCACCAGCUUGCGGGAGAGAGCCCAACGCCUCGCCAAGCACGAAGGCCUCCCUUCCCGACUUGAUGAAGGCAGAGUAGUGGUUGAGGUUGCGGCUCACAGUGACUGAGCUCCCGCCCACGUGGGGACCCAGGGAGCCGUCGAGCUCCAGCCCAGGCUUGGACCUGAAGAAGCUGGCAACCCGCGAACGCCAACAGGCACAGUCAAAAAAAAGCAAAAGACAAAUCCCAAACAAAAUCCUGUUCUCCCUAGCCAAAGGACCAGGAGAGGGGGCAGCCCAGCAAGACAAAACACAUUUAGACAAUUCCGCCUAACUCAGCCAGUCCUUGCCCGUGAGUUCGUUUUUCUGCCACCUCACUUUGGGGCUGGGCUGGUUCUCCACCCUCACAGGGUGCGUUUCUCAAUCCAGACGCUGGGAGGCGCGAGUACCUCGCGAGCCCCUCGAGGAUUAUUCCUGGGACGCCGCGGAGUCACCUCCCCUCCUAGGGACCCAGAGCUUCCCAGGGCCGCGCCUGUAGGUUUUCCAGAGAUCCCCGAAAACAUUCAAGACCUGGAAGGAAAAAAAAAACUGUAAAACCACACACUUUGAUAUUUGACAACGUAAAAGCAAGGCUGCAAAAUCAAAAUCAACAAACGCUUGAAGGAAAUGUCUACUUAGCUAGACAUAGUGCCACCUGGAUUCACGGUUGGCUCCAGAAUUCCCCCCACCCCACGGUGUCAUCACGUUGGAAAGUUAUUUGUGGCUUAGAUGUUCUCUGUUGGCAAGAAUGCCUGUACAUGCACAAGAAGCAUAUGAGUUUAAUGGGACCCCAAUAAUUUCAAAAGCAAAAA